AUGGAUCAAGAGGGUCUGCCUGUCAAUGCCACGGCCACAACCCAAGACGGUCUCCCUGCACUUGACGACUUCCCGCUCUCUCCGUUCGUCACGUACGAAGCUUGGUCACAAUCUACAUUCGACCUGGCUUCGGGGUUACGACUGGACGAGGGCGUGGACUUUCCUGCUUCCGACCCAAACCUGGAUCCCUUACUCGCAGCACCCAGGCUUUCCAUUCAGUCGCUCGUGUCGGCGCCAAAUGGUACAUACAGGGAUAUUCAACCGAAUCCUAUGGCAGAGUCUAGCUCGCCGGCUGUGCCAGGUCCCACCGGACAUCCUUACUUUGUCGAGAAAGUAGACUUUCCUUUCAUCUCCACAUUUGAUGGCGAGAAUUGGACUCGCAUCAAGCGCUACAUGGUCAUGCUGAGCGCUCGGAGUUCCGUCGUAGCUUCUGCCAUCUCUGCAGUCGAGGCACUCUACGAAGCAGAAGAACUCGGGAAUGAGACGUCCAAUGCCGUUGCACUCUACUACACAGCCAAAUCAGAGCACGCGAGAUUGCUGCGGUUCCAGACGCCCGAUCUCGAAGUCACAUUCAUCGUCAUGGCGUUGCUGGCAUGCUUCGAGGUGGUCUCUCAGCAAGACACCGUGCCUACGACGAUGAAGUCGGAGGGCGAUUUUGUGAUUAAGCUCGAGCGCUGGAUCCAGCAGCGGCCGUGGCCGCCAGUCGUAUGCCGCAUUGAGACGUGGCUGAAGCUGUUGCACGUCAAGGCUUUGCAUCUUGGUGGAAGAGGCUUCAUGUCAACCAAGGUCUGCCUUCUUUUUGCCCACAAGGCGGCUCCGACACCCAGUCUCAUCUUCCUGGACCGUGACCCUCCUCCAGCGUCGAUCCUCUAUGAUGGUCUAGCGUCUCCUCUGUUCGAAUUCUACAUCCAGACGCAGCAGAUAGGGGCCGCAAUCUGUGGUCUGAACCGACACCAUCGCUCGAGAGGCACUUUGGCGGAUGAGAGUGAGGUGGAUCAGAUGGCGUUGAAGAUUCGGCAGCAACUUUCCUUGCUGCGACAGCAGGCACCGAGUCUUCUACGGCUAAGCCCCGUCCAGCUCCAGUCCCUGGUGCCCGAGUCGUUACUGGAGCAGUUGUCGACGCUCAUAGAUCUGUGCAACGCUGCAUACCAGAUUGAGAUUGUCGAUCUAGGCCGGGCACACGGCCAGUGGCUGACUCCCACGCCGGAGGCCCAGGAAGCGCUGCGGCAAGUGCGCCGGAUCGUCGACGAGAACGUCACACGGAACAACGGCGCCGUGAACCCGGGAUUCAUGUGGCCCAUUUUCUUCUAUGCCCUCGAGGCCGACCAGGAGGGAGGCAACUGGGCCGUGCAGAUGCUUCAAUGCGUCCACAAGCCCAUCUACCAGAGUGACUUCAUGUCGCGCUUCCUGGCCGCCGUCGUGGAGCUGCAGUGCCAAAGAUCUGACCGGGUUGAUUGCCGCUAUCUGUGUACGCAGAGAUUCGGCGUGGCGCCACCCUUCAUCUGAUAUGCAGCCGCGAGUGGGAGUCACGGAAAGCCUUCGGCCAGCAGGAUGAGGCGAACAAGAUGCAAAGUCCUUUUAAGGGAGAAAAAGAGGCUGUUGAGAAUUAUUCGAAAUAGGUGUGGCAGAAACACUGGGUGUGCAGCCUCCAGCACCUUUUUAUUUACAGAACAACUACCACCCCGAACGACAACUGCCGCCUUGGACCACGUUUAAUCUUCGGUUUUCACGAAUGUACAAUGCUACUUAUUGCCGGAUCUUCUGGCGACUUCAUUCCUUCUCGUACGUCUCGUCCAGAGCUGUGGCUUCGUACAGGCUCACGUGAGUCUUCGCGAACAUCCUGGCCGGGGUCUUUUUGUGGAAGAGGAUAUCGAGCUCGGCGAAUGUGCGCCCCUUGGGCUCUGGGAUGCAGAAGAACGUGAACAGGACACUCAAGACACAAGUGCCUCCGUAGAAAAAGCCAGUCUUCGCACCCCACUUUCGAAAUCGUCAGCAUCAGGAAAAGCAC